AUGUUGUACCCGGGAGGAAAAUCUCAUACCCUUGCCAAACCACUGACCCGAGACGGUUUGCAGCAGGUCGAGGACGAUGAAGCGCGAAGGAAAACGUUGCGCGAAUAUCAUUACAUACUGACGAGUGAAAUGAAGGCACGGGAUCAGAGUUCGUUCUUUGGCUCGAAUGAGGCCCCUUUUGCUGAUGGUUUCAUUGACUUUGCCGCCCGGUUGUGUUAUACGGUGUACUGGAACGAGGAUAAUUGGAAGGAAUCUAGCGGCGAAGAAACGGCCGCAAAGCGAAACAAACAGUUUAACAAACUGCAAAGCAUCAUGGAGAUGGUCGACAGAUAUGAGGCAGCACUUACUAGCGACGACUAUGCGCAACUGUUGCAACUGUUGUGCAAUGUGCAACCGAGCCUACAAUCGCCGCACGAGCAUGAUGCUUUCUACCAGUGCUGUUCCGUGCUGCUCGCGUUCGAACAAAAGUCAACCCAUCGAUCGUUGAACACAGCGGCGGCCAGCGGUGAAUCGAUUGGCGAGCUUUGGGCCAAAAUGAUAGCCGCUGCGUUCCGUGCCUGCACCAACACCGCCGCAAGAACGUGCGCUAAAUCCAAUCUCCUGCUGCAGCUAUUGAUUCGCCAUCGAAAGUAUCCGAACGUCGGCUUUCUAAACAGCACCGUGCUGGAAGCCUUUUACACCUAUGCCGUGGAGAAGACGAACCUUAACGUCGGCACGGUGCUGUCCAUCCUGGAGACGGUGGGCAACGCCGAGUGUCUCGGCAGUGUCGACGGUGUGCUGACCAAGCUGCUCAACUAUCUCUAUCCGCAGACGCGCGAAACACAGUCGAAAGCGAUACUACACGCAAAGGAGCGGCUGAGCGCAAAGACGCUGGCACGCAUUUCGAUCCUUUGCGUGGUGACUACAUGUUGCGCAAUGGAUGAGACAGAGCGGCACACACACGCCGGAGUGCACGAUACCUUUUACCGGGAGCGAGACGGGCAGUUGCAAACGCUCGAGCAAAGACUUCGCUACCAUAGUUUAGAGGAAUUGCUAGCGUUGGAGCAGCACAAAAAGGAAGGGAUUGAUGCGGAAUCACCCCAAGGCAGCGCACGAAUCUCUUACAACAUAAACGAACCACUGUUUUUGCGCCUGUGUGAGGUAGUUCUGCUCAAGUUCGACCUACUAAACGGUGGAUUUGAGCGGCUGUUGAAAAACGAUGCGGCCUCCACGCUAAAUCUCAUCAAAACCAGGAACCUUGCCGAGCGAUUGUUGGCCAUCUUUCGUGUCCCUUACCAUCCGUCGGUAAGGAAGCUGCUGCAGCAAACCGAACACACGUUCAUUAUGCGAUGGGCAAUCGGGCAGAUCAGUCUGAAGGAGGGGGAGGAUUCGCAGUGCGUGACCGUGUUGCAGCCGGAUAAACUGGCCACGUGCGAGCUGCUCUCGGAACAUUUGCACUUCAUAGUGUCAUCAUUGCUGGAGGUGGAAAAUGUCGAUCCGGCAUCGGAGAUUUCUCAAAAAUCGCUAACUCUGCUACGGUUUCUGAUCUUACAACACUCUGCCGCGUUUGCGGGUGCGAUCGGUAAGCUGAAUUAUCUACCAAAGGACGAACGAUUCGAUCAGUUGCGGCUUGCUAUAUCGCGCCAAAAAACGAUCGGUCAUGAAAAUGUGCUGCCAAGGGAAGAAAUCGCGGCGCUGAUUGAGUUGCCCAAUUUAAGAUACGAAGAUUUGGCUGCGCUGAAGAUUGUGCUCACCACCAAAAAGAAAGAUCUAAAAUUAUUGUGCGAUGAGCUGAGCGAGCAAAGCGCAUCGUCGGGCGCUAAUGGGGAAAGCGUGCUUCAUCGGUUAGUCUACACUUUGCUGGAAGUUGUGCGCAGCUCCCCGUUCGACAAGCGAUCGAUGGAAGCUCUCCGAUGUUUGAGUGAAAUAGGACCGAUCGAUCUGGGAACAAUGCUGUUAAAAUCCGACGCAGAAAUGAUUGCUUACGAUACGAUCAACAACUCGAAGGAAGCAAUCGAACGAUGUGCUGCGGUGCUGCUGAGCGAAUUGAACGAGCUGAUAACGAACAGAAACGUUCCGGUUGCAAACUACGCCUCACUGAUUUGCUACAAAAUGCUGUACGGAAAAACAUUCCAUGCUUUGGCGGCCAAACUACCAACACUGCACCCAUUUUUGGGAACUUCUGCGGAAGAGAUCAAACUCUUCACUCGUACCACCGGACGCAGUUUGUCGUUGCGGCCAAUGCUUGCCAACGAACGGAUCGAGUACAGCGCUUUUGUGCAGCAGCUGUCAGCCGCGUUGCUGUCAUUUUUGGGAAAUACGAUGAUUAAAAAACUGGCCGAACAGGAAACGACAUUCGUCGAGAAGCUUGUCCCUUUGCUGGUACAGAUAACGAUAAAGCAAUUCGAAGAGUCAAUCAUCGAUAGCAUGGGCAGCUUUAUUAAUGAGUUUUUCAACGAGUUCGCUGCCAUUCAAAAUGAGGUUCACAAUAUUUUCAAUGACCCGAAAGCUAUUCAACUGAUGCUUACCAUCGUGGAGUGUGUUCGGAUACAUAAUCAAUGCUUUCCACAGUACAAAAUUUCCGUUAACUAUCUACGAAUCGCACAAGCGUCUCAAUUCUGUCAGGCACACUUUAAAGCCAUCCUGUAUGGUGACCUCUGGUACCGGGAGGAAGAGGAGCAAGGCAAGCAUGAUGCCAAACGACACCCGGAACUGCAAAACAUAAUGAAAUCAUGCCAUUUGGCGAUCGGCGUAAACGAUGCAGUUAAAUAAUUCC